GAGUCAGUAUCACAGCAGUCAGCCAAACGGCAGCCUGAAAACACACACAGCCAGAGUGAGGACGUAAAAAGAGUGAGUUGCAAGAGAGAAGCAAAGAAAUCCUCUGCUAGCCUCUCUUCUCUCAGUCUUCUGCUUGUUUUUGCAUUCCUGAUAUGACCCUGUUCAGCCCAAGAUACAUGAGCAUGAGUGGAGAGUUGAAGUCCAGCCGCUCCAGGGCCAAUAAGAGGGCCAGCAACACCACUUAUGGAUCUGAGUUCGACCUGGACUAUGAUAGCUAUCACGAGGACUACUAUGACAGGGUGUAUGACUACCAGCGUGUGCCAGCAUCCCUGUCUCCCCUGCCCCUGGGACCUCGUCUGGCCAAGCGAUCCCGUUCCUCUUCCUACUCCACCGGGCACAGACGCAGUCGAGACAGAACCCACUCCAAAAGCUCCAGAGCCCACUCCACUAGUUCAACCACAGCUAAGUUGGGCAUGGAGGAGUUGCAGGUGAUUAAAAAGGAGCUGACUCUGAUAAAGACACAGAUCGAUGGGCUUCUUGACAGUCUUGACAAGAUGGACACACAGAGGAAUGACCACAAAGGGUCUCCCCUGAGAGAGGACAGUCCAGCUGGCUCACCGUACGCUCUGUCUGCCAGCAGCCCCGAGCACUCCCUCUCCUCCCUCUCUCCGCCCAGCUCCCGCCAUCGAAUCCACAGGGAGAGCCCUGACCUGAGGGAGCCCGAUGAUGACCACCACACGAUGAGCAACCACAGCUCUGACCCUGAGGAGGAAAUAUGAGGGAGGAAAAUGAGAAGAUGGAGGAUUAAGUGCCAAACAUGGAAGAAGAGAACAACAACCACCAAGCAAAUACUCAUAUCAGAGGCUCAGCUCCCCUCCAACGGGGUGCACAUAUCAGACACAAUACAUUUAAUUGUAUCACAGCAGCUCGGUUUCUGUGACCACACACUGAAGUAAAACAAAAACACUGACGCAGGUGACAUAUACACCCCAAGUAGCCUACAUGCACAUGUGAUUGAGAAGAAUUUGUUAUGUCGGACUGAGAGAGUGAGAGGGAGAGAGGGAUCUUAUCCAGAGAGUAAUUAUAAAGGACACCUGGAAGCAAGGUGGUGAAUUAAACUUUUUAUAAUCCUGCCUAAGCAGUGGGUUUGCACGAACACUAAUAUUCCAGUAUUAAUCCAAAUAUUGCGGUAUUAAUCCAAAUGAAACAAUAGAGUUCUAUGAUUAAAACAUUAUGUAACUGGCUUACCAGUUUAUCUUAUUCAAAUUAAAAGCUUCUUAAAAAGGUGGGAUAUGCAGUAUCGGACUGUACAUACAGUAAUAAUGUAUGUGUAGUCACAGGGGUUUUGAUAGAGGUACUACAAUGUUUCUGCUGCUUUGCCAAUUUCUUCCAAGAAAGAAACAGCAAAGGGAUGCAACAUUAAAGGAAAAUUAAAGCGUUAACUCUUCUCUUUUAGAAUUAAUGAGUUUCUGUUUAUGAAGGACUUUCAAUUAGAUCAGGAACAAACAAUAUAGAACCAGGAAUAUUAAUGAAGCAUCACGGUUAUAAACCAUGUAAACGGCUUACUUAAAUAUUAUCUUUUUGAGCUAAAGGGUAUAACUGGAAUAUUGUGUGCAUGUACUGUAAAAUGAAAAUCCCUAUGUGGAUCUCAAAGUAUUUUGACUUGUAAAAGCAAAAGAAAUCUAAACUCUCAAAUUUGAUCUUUCAAGAGGGCUAUUUGUUGACGCUCAACUUGCUUUUUCUCAUUAUUACAUACGUCUAAGAUAUCAGAAUUUAGCUAUUCAGAGUAAAUCACAGUAAUCCUUAAGAGACUGAAUAGUCACACUGAUUAUUCAGGAGAGAAACAGGUUGUUUUCUGCUUGUAUCAGUAUGCUACUUCUCUGAGUGUGACUCUGAAACAAAUGUUAUACAAAUGACCUUGUUAUGUCACAUCUUUCAGAACUACAAGUGUUUUCUCUUCUUUAAGGGUAUUAGAGGAAUAUUACAGCUCUCUUCCACCAUGUAUUUGGCACUUUGAGAUGUGCAAAAGCCCAGGUCAGUGUGUAAUAUUGUGUAUUACUAUAAACUUUACUGUAAUUGUUGAACUGUCUGAUUUUAAUCUUGCUUUAGGACUUCUCAUAUGUUUUUUAAAGAAAACAAUGAUGUUGAUGAAAAUUCCUAUGGUGUUACAUGUUUUUGUUUGCAUUCUUAAGAUAAGCCAAGUGGAAAUACUCAUCGUCACGGUAGUAAAAGUAUUUUGAUAUUGAGUAUAAAUGCA